CGGGUAGAGAAGAGCAGGGCAGAAUGGAGAUGACUGAGGGCAUCUAUCGACAAUUAGACCCUGAUGGAGUCGACAGACCCUCUAUGGAUAAACAUGAAGAAACAGACACUGGCGAGUUUCCCUGCAAGACUUCAAACUCCAGAGAGAAUUUGGAAGCCCCAAGUCCUCAACCCUCUGGACCCUGGAAGAGGGCUGCUGUGUGUCUGGGUCUGCUGUGUGCUCUUCUGCUGUCUGCCAUCGCACUUCUCAGUUUCAAAAUGAUGGAGAACAAACAGUUACAGACCAGCUACAAAGAGAAACUACAGAUGCAGUCAGGUUACGACAACAUGGCCAUAGAAUACCAACAGCUACAGAUUACUUACAACAACCUAAAAACAGAGAACUCCCAACUGCAGACCAGUAACCGCAAUCUCAGCAGAGAGAAACUUCAGUUGCAGGGCAGCUUUGAUCCUCUAAAUAGAGAGAAAUUAGGAUUGCAAACCAGGAAUGACCGUUUAAAUGCAGAAAAAUCAAGUUUACAGAACAGAUACAAUAACCUCCUCAGGGAGAAAUUACAACUGCAAACAGGAUACAACAACCUAACUGAAGAGAAUUCCCAAUUAGUGGACAGUUAUAAUAACCUGAAUACAGAGAAGACCCACUUACAGACCAGUUACAACAACAUUUCCAGAGAGAAAUCCACAUUACAGACUAAAUGGGACGAUAUGAACAGAGAGAAUUCCCGGUUAAAUUCCAGCUACACCAACCUGAAUAGAGAGAAAUCAGAGUUGCAGGCCAGUUACAACAGGCUGAAUCAAGAAAGGUCCCAGUUACUGGACAGAUAUAACAACUUGACAAAUGGGAAUACCUAUUUACAGACCAGUUAUAACAACCUGAAUAGAGAGAAAUCCCAGUUACAGACCAGUUACAACAACCUGAAUAGAGUGAAAUCCCAGUUACAGACCAGUAACAACAACCUGAAUAGAGAGAAAUCCCAGUUAGAAACAAGUUAUAACAACCUGAUUGGAGAGAAGUUGCAGUUAGAGACCAGUUACAACAACCUGACUAAAGAGAAAUCCCAGUUACAGACCAGUUACAACAACCUGAAUAGAGUGAAAUCCCAGUUACAGACCAGUUAUAACAAUCUGAAUAGAGAGAAAUCCCAGUUUGAAACCAGUAAUAGUAACCUGAAUAAAGAGAAAUCCCAGUUACAGACCAGUUAUAACAACCUGAAUAGGGAGAAAUCCCAGUUGCAGGACAAAUUCCACACCAUGGCUGCCGAGAAGGAUAAACUACAGAAGAGACUUUGUAACCUGAGAAUGGAGAUUACAAAGUAUGCAGUGGAUGUGACUCUGGAUCCUGAUACAGCUGAAAACCACCUCAUCCUGUCUGCUGAUGAGAAACAAGUGAGGGAUGGUGACUCACCACAGAAUCGUCCUGACAACCCCAAGCGCUUUGAUCCUAUUGGUUGUGUUUUUGGAAAGCAGGGGUUCACUUCUGGUAGAUUUUACUAUGAGGUUGAGGUCAGUGGGAAGACUGGAUGGGAUUUAGGAGUAGCCAGAGAGUCCAUUAACAGGAAGGGAGACAUUACCGCAAGUCCUGAGAAUGGAGACUGGUCAAUAUGGCUGAGAAAUGGAGAUGAGUAUAAGGCACUUGAUACUCCUCGUAUUCUCCUCUCCCUCAAAGAGAAGCCAGAGAGGGUGGGGGUGUUUGUGGAUUAUGAGGCAGGUUUGGUCUCCUUUUAUGAUACAGACAGGUGGAAUCUCAUGUACUCUUUCCGGGGUGUCUCCUUCAAGGAGAAAAUCUAUCCAUUUGUUUGUCCAUUUCUUAAUGAUGGUGGCAAAAACUCAUCUCCUCUGAUAAUCGUCACUCCAAUUGCAUGCCCAAAAUGACUUAUAUUAAUUCUAACUUGCUGGUAUUUAUUAUGUUUUAUUAUUUUUUACUGCUUUUAUUCAUCACUUUUAAUCGUGCUCUUCUAUUGAAUUUCUAAUAUCUCUAUUAUUAUUUUGUUUUCAUUCUUUCUUCUUUUUUUCAUUUUCACUUGUUUUAUUUGUUCAUUUCUUUAAUCUCCUUUACUUCUGAUAACAUAUUUUUAUCAAUGUAUUUACGUCAGCUGUAAAGCACAUUGAUACAACUCCUGUUGUUUUUAAAUGUGCUACAGAAAUAAAUACUGUAAAUAUACAGUAAUCAGAAUUCUACCGUAUAUGUUGUAAAUUACUUUAGUGAA